ACUUCCGGUGUAACACUUCACUGUCGUUAGAAUUGUUUAAAUUUUUGAUUUUUUGAAGUAACUGUGCCAGCUUUGAUUUUUCAAAGUUGAAAAAAUAAUCUAUUGUGACAUAGUUUGUAAACGGUAGUUGCAGAUUUGUAUUUGGAUUCUCAUAAUAUUUUAUUGACAUAAAGCGGAAUAUAGCACGGUAUCAAACCGGGUAACAUUUAUAGUGCUAUGCAAAAAAAAUGUCACUAUGUAGUUUUUACUUUUGUCAAUAGACGGCGUUAAAGUCAGUAUGCGCGAGCUUUGUAAAAAAUUACAAUGGAGUUAUAACCACUCUUUUUGUUGUAAAUAACUUGUUGAAAGUUUAAUGAUACUUUUAGCUUUUCAAAUUUUACGUUGCGUAUAAAAACGCAUCUCGAACGUGUUUUCAUCAAGAUUUUAGAUAUUUGUCUUGUAGUCUCACCGCAUGUAAUAACGUGUGCCAAAAACACUUGAAUUAAAAUCUCAAAUAUGAUAGACUCUCAAGACGUAAACGAAGAAGAGUUGCAAAUAUUAAAGGGCGAUGCUAUAGGUGAUAACCUUUGCAGCGAGAAAUGGAUGAUUACUACUUUGAUGUCUAUGUAUGAGAUAAGUAACAAUAAAAACUUCACAGAGGAUGUAGAGGAGCGACUUUGUACAUUAUGGGAUCUAAGUAUGGAAGAAGCAGUAGUCUUGUAUCUGGAAUCACAUAAUUUUCUAAAUAUAGCAAAGAACAUAUUGGAAACCUGUGAUGAGUCACGAUUGAUUGAAAUGAUUUUGGGUAUCGUCGGCAAUAUGUGUUGUAACGAUAAUGUAAUCGAUACAAUAUGUCAUGAUAAACACUUGAUGACACAAAUUCUGAGUCGCUUAAGAUCUGAUGACUCCGCAAUAUUAAUUCAACUUCUCCGAAUUGUACAAUCAAUUACAUGGCAAAUCCAAACGAAAUCUAAAUUAAAUUGGAUAACAUAUUUUACAGAAUGCAAUUUCUUUGCGGACUCUAUUAUUUUCAUGUUGAACAGUUCAACUAAUGAUGACUUAUUAACUGCAGUGAUAAAGAUGCUUAGUUCUAUGUCUCAAAUAAAUUUAGAUGAUAAAAUGAAUUUCUUAAGGAGACUGUUUAAAGUGAACGAUUUGAUCCCUGCGUUGUUGGAAUCUUUCAUGCAACGGAUAUCGAUAGAAAAGGGCAGUCAUUGUAACUCAGACCUAGAAUUCAUUGAAAAUUGGUUGCAGAUAUUAACUUUUGUAUUAGAAGAUUUAUUCAAAUCUGAAAAUUUUAACGAUGAAAGCAUUUCAAGAGUGAUUGAAAUUAUGUACAGAAUAUUAAAACCAUAUGAAGAGUCGUACAAUUUAAUUCCACUUCAUCAAAUAACUGUUAAUAUAAUCUUUGAAGUUGUGCAUAUACUAUUAAGCUUUCACAAAUGUGACACAAAUAUCUCACCAAAACUAGAUCAUAUUGUGGCGUGCAUAGUCUUCUUUCUCAAAACAGAUACAGAAAGAAAAGAACUUGAUCCGGAAGAUCUUUCAACUUAUCUGAGUCGGUACUUACUGGAUGUCAUUAAAAUUUGUACCAGGGAAUACAUCAUUGACAUGUUACAUCUAUGUAAAGAUGAAGUUCGUGAAUUUAUAAUAUCGCACAUACAAUCUCAUCCUGAUCUGACAUCUGCGAUACGUAAUAAAAUAGAAGAGACUGCUAUCUUUACACACUUUUAAAAAUAGUAUAAUACGUGUAGCAUAUAUUGUCAUCUCUUGUCAAUUUACAUGUCACCUGUACAUUAAUAUUGCAAUUAAUAUUGCAACUUUAUGAACUUUAAAAACCGGAUUUUUAUUUGACAUAUAUAUUAUUGGUACAAUUUUAUGUGUAAAGACACACAAAGUUGAAAAUUAAUUUACUGAUAUAUUGGGUUGUUCGAAAAGUAGAGUUUUUAAUGAAACUUAAAAAGAGUUAUUGUACCGAUUCACAUAAUUUAGCUUUUGUAAAUAAUCAUACGUGGUGCUGUUUGAUGUUUUUAGCAUCUGUUUUUAGACAUGUUAUUUAUUAAUGAAACAUUUGCAAGAGAUAAUAGAAAUGUAAUAAUAAAUUUAUUUUCUUUUACAAAACAACGUCACGUUUAAUUCGUUAUGCUCUAGAAGCCGUUAAACUUCUGAUUUGCAAUACCGAACGCGGUUAAUAUAAAAAAAAAUCACAGCACUACGUGGAAAUGUUUCAAUUUUGUUUGGCAAAAAUUUGAAUUUUGUUCGACAAAAAUCAACUUCGCGCCCUACGGGCUUGUCGACCAAUCCGGCGAGUGAGUGAAAUUAUCGGCCCGAGAGAUCAGGUGUAGGUGUCACCACUGUGACCGGUAUGAAUUGCCGCGGUGAUGUAAACACAAACGGGCAACUUCAGUACACCAAGUUUUCCGCCAAGUAUCUUUUCUCUUGUUUCCGAAACAUCACAGAACGGGGGAUGAUUUUUGUAUGCCAGGUUUUUAGUGUCACCUUAGUGAUUACGUGUUCUUAGCGCGUCGAGAUAAACGUGAUCCCAUAGAAAUAACAUUGUAUAUGCGCAUACUUGCAUAUCGUUACCAGCGGUUGUGGUUUUAUUUGCGAUCAAAAUCUGUUGUCGCACACAUUAAGGUAUUUUUCAGAAUCUUCAUUGACAAAGAUCGCGUAGAGUUAUGUCUGUGAGUGUCGCGAGAUCAGAUGACAAUAAGUUGGAAAGCGUUUUGCAGCACAUAUUCGCGGAAUGCGGUGUCUGUAUAUUGGUGUCGUCGCCGUGCUCGACGCGGCACGAGAAAUACGUAGGCGACAAAGUGCAAAUUUCCAGAAUCAUUGAGUACAUACAGAACCAAUUGCCAACCUGGCCAGUCGAUAGACUGGCGGAGUUGCGGAAGUAUCUCGUUGCCGUUUCGUCAAACGAUUAUGUCAAUUUACAACAGUUCAGAGAGGCGACGAAAUACUGGAUCUUCGACAUGCAACAGACUCGCUCCUUACAAGAUGACAACAAUAAUAUGCAGGAAAGAUUCGACCGACCAACAACGACCGAAAGAGAAUGGCGCGUAAAAGGGAACCUGUUUCUCCUCUCAAUUCAUCGCCGAUCAUUUACGGGUAACGUGAUGUAUGCAAAUUGUAACAUCUUGAGCGACGCGGACUCGUCAUUAAAAACUGCGGUAAAAAUGGAUAGAGACGUAAUAGAAUUCGAACUUCGUAUGAAACUUCGAGAAUUGCAAGAGGAAAACAACCUUCUUCAUGACGAACUCGAACGACAUGAAGCGGUAAUCGAUAAUCUUAAACUGCAAUACGGCAAUGCGAAGAAGCAGUUAGAUCGAUAUGUACAAACGUGUCAGCAACUGGAGAAGGAAAAUGAUGAGCAGAGAGAAGAAUUGAACAAAGUAAUUUUGAAGGAAAAGACUACGGCUUCGACUCUUCAAAGAUGUACGAAAGAGAAGGAGAAUUUGACGAAACGAGUGGAAGUUAUGGAAGUCGAGUUGCAAACCAUAUCUGCUUUAGAAGAAAAAAUUGAAAAACUCAACAAAGAAAAGACGGAUGCUAUGAAACAAGUUAUUAGACUGCAAGAAGAAAUUGAUGAAAAAGAAAACGAAUGUAAAUACUUGAGGAUCGUGAUGGCUGAGUUAGAGGAUACAAGUAUUGGUCUGAAAAAGUCUUACGAAUAUACGAUCAAUAAUCUGCGCGAACAGAAUCGUCAGCUCGCGGACGAAAACACGGAAUUGCAAUCGUUGUCGAUGUUCAAUCAAUAUCCUUCCAGUGAAAAACUCUCAUUGUCACCGCCAAUUACAGAUGGGCACUACACACACAGCACGCCCUACAAGUGCACAACGAAAGUGCUGCUACAAGAGUCAUUAUACACGGAAUUAAAAGCUUCGGGCUUUGUAGCUGGAUGCGCAAACGACUCGUGCAAACAAGAACUCGAUGAAGAAUACAAUGAUAAUAUUUCCACAGUAUUGGAACAGUUGGAAAAAAUUAUACAGAUUUGUGUUACGAUGUGGAGUUCUAGUAACGAUAUACCGGACUUUAAUCCGCAGGAUUCGAAUGCUCACAAUAUCGAGGCGUUGAAACGGAAGACAAACGUUUUGUUGAACAUGGCGACCGAGGAAUUCACGAAGAAGAGCGCCAAAGAUGCGAGCACUCAACUGCGAGCUGAUCCAGCGGACGCAACCGAAACCUUCGCGCAAUUCGGUGUCCCGUGUUUCCAAUAUUUGUCUCCGGCACGCACCCAACCGUAUCUAGAGACAGAGAAGGAUUGGCGGUCGAUUGUUUCGCAUCAAGUGAACGGGAUCAACGUAGACGACGAUUCCUUCUCGAGAAUUAUAAGAGCGCACGCAGGCAGCCAAAAUCGAUUUCGCACCAUCGAUCCUAUCGUCAAAGAAUUGCACGAAAUCAUUGAGAACACUCUGGUCACGCUUGCCAAUCGCAAAGAGCACUCACCACCUCGAAGUUCAAGGUGUCGAUUAGUGCACACAUUGCCAUCGUGUCCACAGUCACUGCCGUUGUCGAACGCGGAAAACUCGAUGCAGCAGGAAUCCGGCCAUCAAGAUUCGAAAGCGGAGUCUUUUAACUCUGUUUUCGCGCGGGGAGACGUUCAGACGCGGGAGAACGGUGACGUCGUGAAAUUCUUACCCUUCGUUACGGAAUCGCGCUUCCUCAGUCGGAACAAUUCCAACAAACUCGACGGAGAUCAAACGAACGAAAUGUGGAAAGUGGGUAGUAGCGCUUUGCAAGUGGUUCCGCAAAAACUAGCCAUGUUGAAGGAGGAAAUUAAUACCGCUAAGACCUAUCAAGUGCCGGAAGUGAGCAGCGCGAGCAAUCCGGCGAGUCCCCGUAGAAAAAUCUCGGUUUACUGCCGAUCGUUCGACAUGGCGGCGGUGCAGGACUCGCGCGAGGAUCCGCAAAGAGGAUCUGGUUUGGAAGCGAGGCAAUUGCCGAGCGAAAUGAGCGAUGACUCUUGCGCGCAGAUCGACGAGAAAAUCGACAAGGUCACGACGGAUGUCACGUUUGGAUGUUCGUUUAAUUAUCGUAGUACGAGAAACAUCAGCGAUUCUUCGACCGAUUCCACACCGACCAAAUCGUUCGGAGACAGCUUGCCGGACGACGAGUCGCCGUGCAAGCGAUCGUUGGGCCGAACAAUCUGUCUGGCGCCUGUGCGCUUGAAGUUGCCGCGGAAAAUAGAAAACGAUUUAAACGAAACUCCCGCGACUUCCAAGCGCGCUUUUCCCGUUGCUGAUUCUAUCGAAUCGGAUGUUGCUCUUCUAUCCUCCACUGAUGACAGUGAACGCGAGAAGGACAACGUUGCUUCCGUGCACUCAUCUGCGACAUUUAUCGUGGAUAAAUGCAAAACGGAAGUAAAAGAAGAUCCCCACUCUCUGACAAACACGCGGAGAGUCGGCAGUGAGAGUCAGUUACGAGUCAAGCAAUCAGUCGAUAGCCAAAUGUCGAGUCGCGAGGACAGUUCGGACAGUGGGAGCGAGCUGGAGCCAGCAGCGGAGUCCGGUGAUCAGUGCGCGAAGAGAGUUGUGAACAAAACUGACACAACUGCCGGUGAAGUGAGUGGUCCGGCCUUUGCGAGGAUAAUAUCAUGCAAGAACGUGGUGCCAAACAGCAGACAAACGCACAACAGAAACGGGAAACGAAAAGCGAAAGGACAGAGAGUUUUCAUGGCGAGAAGAUCAUUUUCGGAGGGUGAAAACAAUGGGCGAUCGAAGUGCCGCUGCAGACAGGAUGUUCAAAGUGCGUCCUCAAUUCCGGAAGAGAAUCAAUUCAGGGCUUUUCCUAGUCUGACGGAUGUUCGAGCGUCAAGACAAGAGUCCGAUAUAACUAACUCAUCAGACACAGAGUUGAACAGUAGAGAGAAUUUAAGCGAACUCGAGAUGCAGAAAAAAUACACAGCGUUUUCCCUGUGCCUUUGCGUCGACAGGCUAACUUUACCGCAAAGAGUGGCGAUAUCGCUUCAACAACGCGAUCAGUCGGAAAAGAAUUUUCUUCGCGAGAUGGAAAAGGUGAAGCAGAACAUUCAGGAUCUUGUGAGACUGUUAUGCGCGGACAGGGAAUCCGUGGAACGAGUGGAACGAAUCAGACAUCAGUUGGACAUGAUCGCUCAGUGCGCUCAUAGGGUGUCUUGCACGGCCGAGACUCUGGGCGCCGUACAUCAGGAGUGUAGAGUCGCCCGGGCCGUUUUAUUGACCGACAAGUAUGUCCGAAUGGUGCUGGCCCGGUGCGAGAAGCUGGCCGCCAAUGUUGCCGAGACCAAACGGAUCUUGACGGAGAACAACAUAGUGAUAGAAGAGAACUCCGGCGAACUCAGCGACGAUCUGCCUCGGAUCAGAUACCGGAGCGGCACAUGCGCCAAUAAUCGUAUGAUGAUGACUAAAAGAAGAGCUAGUGUAGCCACAAUGUCUCGACCGAUGGGCAACACGCAAGAUGUCACAAAGGAUACCGUGAGACAACGAAAUUCCGUUUGCGGACGUAUGACUCUAAGAAGACCAUCUUUCAGCGCCGAGUCCCCUAAAUGGGAAACGGAGAAAUUGAAUCACAACAAUUCUAACAGCAUCAGCGAAUUACGAGGUAUCUUCGAACAGACUGAAUCUCGACGUAAUUCAAGAGAGGAGAACGACAUGAUACGACUGAGUCAAUUCAACAGUCAAAGUGCGAUGAACUGCUCGAUUGUUGAGAAGGAGAUGAACAUCAAUCAGGAAACAUGUUCCGAAUUUCUUUCUGCCAAUGACGAUAGCAGUUCAGAGUAUAACUCGUGCGCAAGAUCGCUGCAUUUUCGGUUAAGAAACACGUCAUGGCGCGCCGUGUUGUGGAGCAUUGUGAUCUUUUUUCUUGGUUUUUUCGUGAAUCAAGCACUAUCUAUGAUGAAUAAUCGUUGUCCUUUAAACAGCUGGUCGAUUGAGCAGAUUCUCAGCAGAUAUAUUCAGAUAAGAAACGCAGCGCCUCACCCAAUGUGAAUUCUGCGGUGUCUUCUUGCGCGCGGCUCACGCGAUAUAAUUAAUUCCGUAUCAGUAAGAUAUAAAUAAUAAAACUAAAUGUGAGAGAGAAUAUUAAAAAAAAUGAUUUUAUAAUAACAAACUAAACUAUAAUUAAAUUGUUCGCAAAACAGCCACGAGAGCUAUAAAUUUGUAUAAAGACAUCUGAUCUUUAUAAGUUUUUAGUUAUCUGAUACUUUUUUGCCUAAGACCAUCUUGAAAACUAAACUCUCGAAGAAGUUAAUUUUUAUGUAUAGUACAAAAAAAAAUUUAUAUUUCUCAUUUUGACGUUAUAAUUCAGUGUGACUGUAAUAAGAGAUCAAGAAUCUCCGCGUUCCCCUUAAAAAAAAAAAUCUCGUUUUAUUUUAAAAUACAUUUAUAGUAGAAAUUAAUCUAAUUAAUUAUUAUUGAUUUUCUUGUGGAGAAAUUUUAAAUGACUAUAUUUAGACUAUAUGAAAAAGUCUCAAGGUUUUAACAAAAAAUUACACGUAUUAUUUAUAGAAAUAUUAUUUGUUAUACAUACUAAAAAAUAAAAAAUUU